CGCAGUACUACUGCUCGCGCGCCGCGACGCCUCUGCUGAACAUUUCGCUCUCUUCCCAGAUAUUUUUUUCCUCCUCACGAUUCCUCCUUCCUCCCAUCCUUCAGGGGAUUCACCUGCUCACCCGUACGUGCACGAGAUGUGCCAGCCUCGGGUUGCCGCCGCCUCCGCCGCCGCAGCCGCUGCCGACGUCGAGGUCGUCACCUCCUCCGGUCGCCGGAGGAUCCCCGCGCAUUCCUCUGUUCUUGCGUCGGCGUCGCCGGUGCUGGAGAGCAUCCUGCAGCGCCGCCUGAAGAAGGACGCCGCCGCCGCCGCCGGCGGCGGCGGAGGCAAGGUUGGCAGAGCAGUCGUCCGGAUCCGCGGCGUCACCGACGACGCCGCGGCGGCCUUCGUCCGCCUCCUCUACGCCGGCAGCAGCGGUGAUGAGGAGGAGAUUGACGAGAAGAGCGCGGUGCAGUUGCUGGUGCUGGCGCACGCGUACCGGGUGCCGUGGCUGAAGCGGCGGUGCGAGGAGGCGAUCGGGUCGCGGCUGACGGCGGAGACGGUGGUGGACACGAUGCAGCUGGCCGGGCUGUGCGACGCGCCGCAGCUGCACCUGCGGUGCACCAAGCUGCUCGCCAAGGAGUUCAAGGCCGUGGAGAAGACGGAGGCGUGGCGCUUCCUCCAGGAGAACGACCCCUGGCUCGAGCUCGACAUCCUCCAGCUCCUCCACGACGCCGACCUGCGGCGGCGGAGGUGGCGGCGUAAGAGGGCGGAGCAGGGGGUGUACGUGGAGCUGAGCGAGGCGAUGGGUUGCCUGACCCACAUCUGCGAGGAGGGGUGCACGGAGGUCGGCCCGGUGGGGCGGGCGCCGGCGCCGGCGCCGGCGCCGUGCCCGGCGUACGCGACGGCGUGCCGCGGCCUGCAGCUCCUGAUCCGCCACUUCUCCCGGUGCCACCGCGCCAGCUGCACGCGGUGCCAGCGCAUGUGGCAGCUGCUCCGCCUCCACUCCGCGCUCUGCGACCUCCCCGACGGCCGCUGCAACACCCCUCUCUGCAUGCAGUUCAGGCGAAAGGAGGAGCAGAAGGCGGCGGCGAAGGCCGGCGAUGACGACGACAAAUGGGGGCUUCUGGUGAAGAAGGUGAAGGUUGCAAGGGCCAUGUCUUCCCUGGGCAAGAGGAGGCAGAUGAGUUGCUCUCAGUGCUAGCAAGUGUAAUCACGGCAUCAGCCUGAGACAGUUUAAGAAUUAGAGUACAGUAUGUUUUAGUUGGAGUGUACUGUAGUACUAGAUAAGCAUAGGGGAUGAGUGUAUUGAAGUGACCUAUUUUUUUUUUCUUUUUUUUUUGGUUUCUUUAAGAUGGUUUGGUCUCUCAAGCUUGAGUUACUUCACUGUCUUCUCUUUGUAGAGUUCUUUGUUCUUUCUGUGGUGAGAAAUGGGCUUAAAUUUGUUGUAAAAAUUGCCUGUAUGUUAAAUAAACAUAUAAUUGCAAGGUAUUUGGUAAAUCAUGACGAAUGAUGCCUGCAU